AUGUACCCGUAUGAGAACUACGAGGUGUUUGAGACCUCAUCGCCUGGCAUCAAGGCGCUCUCUGCGCAGAUGACCUGCCGCGAGCUGCGCGAUGCCGACUUGGCGCCGCCACUGCCCCCAGCGCCCUCGCGCCGGGGUGCGGACCAGGGCCGCGUCAGGGGCCGCAACAAGAUGCCGAAGGAGUUCCAGCAAACCACCGAGGAGGUUGGGGAGGCGAAGAGCCAUCCAACCCGAGAGACCUGCGGGGUGUGCUUGGAGGACUUGAAGGGGACGAGCAUCCUUGGACGCCUUCCUCUAUGUGGUCAUGCCGUGCACAUGGCAUGCAUUACGUGCUGGCUGAACGUUCAGGACGAGAAGAGCAAGGAAAUGCAAGGAAAGCAGGACAGGGAGAACAGUGACUCGGAGGCAAACGACUUGGGCUAG